GGCUUGAGCUUGUCGACGUAUACCUGGAUUCGUACUAGCAGUUCUGGGUGUAACGGUUUAUGCAGCCAAUCCCCUGCGAUAGCUUUCCCUCUGCAUUCACUCCUUGCCUUCUCAUUCGUCACUCGCUGUGGCCUGUAGUGUAGCUCGUUGAGAGAUGCUGCGUUCCGACACGCCGCGCCGCACGACGCCGUUGAUGCGGCUUCCCCAUGCUAUUACACCAACCGGCUUCCCGCCACUAUCGCGACUUUGCCUUCUUUCUUUUCUUUCCUUUUUCCAUUUUAGCGCCCCCUGUGAUUGCGCCCUACGAGCGGGUGAGAAAAGCUGGUGACAGGGUUGUGACUUCACCGGCUGCAGACAAUGCCCGUAAACCCCAAAGAACCGCUCAUCUAGCCGACGGUCAACCUCCUACGUGAUACUAUUUCUCGUCUCCUACCCCCCCGCUCAUGCAGGCCAUUAUGAAUAGCAUUGCCCCCAUUUAUUGGCUAGCUCAUUUUCCUUGUCCUCGUGAGCUUCGUUGGCGCCGGAUCGCGCAGAGACAGCAAACACUUUCUAGGGGGUACAGGACACGGUAAGCCCUUCAGCUCCUCCGCAAAACUCACGGAAUGCGACAAAGGCGCACAACCUCGCCCGAUCCAUCAAGCUAAAGCGAGCGUCUCAAAACGCGGAGGAGGGCACUUUGUACUGCAGUACUUGUGCUUACACGACGAGUGAAAACGAGGGGUGUGUUGCCGCAAACUCGGCCUAUAUCAUGCAUUAGCUCGCGUGCCCU